UUGAUGUUGAUUUGAGUGGUUAUAGAUGAAGCAAGGUCUUUGUAUGGCAUUUCCUAUAAAGUUCAAAGCACGAAAGGCAAUGAUGUUAUGAGCCAGUUUGCAUCUCUUGUUAUCAAGACCAAAGUGCUGAUUUGAGUAGUUAUGAAUACUCUUUCUGCAAGUGCCAUUGGUAUCUUCCUAUUGCUCUUGUUCUUAUGUUAUGUAGGAAGAACAACAGAAACACAAGUUCCAGCUACAAACAUAACACCAGGUUCCUUACUUCACCCUGCUACUUACCCUACUCACUGGUCCUCUUCUUCUGGCCAAUUUGCAUUUGGCUUUUAUAAGCAAGGUAGUGGCUAUGCCGUUGGAAUCUGGUUGGUUGAUGCGAAGAACAAUACGGUGGUAUGGACUGCAAACCGAGACGAUCCACCAGUUACUUCAAAUGCAACUCUACAGCUGACUGCACAAAGUAAAUUUGUUGUGCAAACAGAGCAAGGAAAACAGAAGCUUAUUGCCAAAGCAAUUGCUUCCUCCGCUUCCAUGCUCGAUUCUGGAAACUUUGUACUAUAUAACCAGACUAAGGGUGUCAUAUGGCAGAGUUUCGAUUACCCAACUGACACUAUGUUGGGUGGUCAAUCUCUACCUUCUGGAGGUCAAUUGUUGUCUAGUUCUUCAGAUACCAAUCACUCAAGUGGACGAUUUCGCCUCAAGAUGCAGGAUGAUGGAGAAUUCAGUCUGUAUCCAGAAUUCACAACUGACACGAGGAGGGAUGCUUACUGGCCGUCAGAUAUAUACCUUGGUGAUAAGAUAGUCAAAGGCAAAGCUUAUCUUUACCUCAACAAAACAGGUUUGCUGGUGUCCAAGAAUGGUAGCAAUAGUGUUAUUUCGAGCCAUUAUGGACCUUAUUCUGGCGAUAGUGUCGGCAGCAACCAGACCAUUUAUCGUGCAACCCUGGACCCUGAUGGGGUUUUCAGGCUGUAUGCUCAUGAUAAAGGUAGUGAGUCCAAGAAAGUUUCACAGUGGCCAUGGGAUGACGGAUGUGAGGUAAAGGGUUACUGUGGCUUUAACAGCUACUGUACAUUCAACGACGACAAACCGGACUGCUAUUGUCUUGAAGGUUUCGACUUUAUAGAGCCAGAUCAACGCACUCUUGGCUGCAAAAGGAACUUCUCAAUUGCAGAGUGUAGAGGUGAGAAAGGCAGCGCAGCUGCACCCUAUUAUAACAUGGUCACAAUGCUAGAUAUUCAAUGGGAGGAUCACGCUUAUUUUGGGGCCUAUAUGGAGCACCAAGAAGAAUGCUCUGAUUCUUGUUUGGCUGAUUGCAACUGUUGGGGUGCCCUUUAUGAGAACGGGAACUGCUUGAAACAAGGGAUGCCUUUCAGAUAUGUCUCAAGGAGAGUUGAAGGGUUCUCAGCCAACACAAUGUUCUUAAAGGUGGGAAAUAUCACCCAUAAAAACAGGAAUCCUAAUGAUGUAUUCAUGCCUCUCCCAAUCAGGAGUACUAGCAACAAAGCAGUUGUCACUAUCAUUGUCAUCACAUCGGUGUUCACUCUUCUUUUAUGCUCAAUGAUCGCCAUCUCUUGCCACCUGAUUUACAAGAUUCGAGUUCUAAGGCUUCAGAGGCAGAUGGAGACUGGGAACUUAGGCCUAAAUGAAGAAGUGGCCUUGAGAAGAUUUUCAUACAGUGAACUGAAGCGGGCAACAAAUGGUUUCAAGCAAGAGCUGGGUAAGGGUUCUUUUGGAGCAGUCUACAAAGGCAGCUUAUACAAAAGUAGAAGAUCCAUUGCAGUGAAGAGACUAGAGAAGCUAGUUGAAGAAGGAGAAAGAGAGUUCCAAGCAGAGGUGCGAGCCAUCGGAAAAACACAUCACAGGAACCUUGUUCGCUUGCUGGGAUUUUGUGCCGAGGGUCCCAAGAGGCUUCUGGUCUAUGAAUACAUGAGUAAUGGUUCCCUUGGAAAGCUCAUCUUUGGGGGUGAAAAGCGUCCAGAUUGGGAUGAGAGAGUGAGAAUAGCACUGGAUAUUGCAAGAGGGAUCCUUUAUCUCCAUGAAGAGUGUGAGGCACCCAUUAUUCACUGUGACAUAAAGCCUCAAAAUAUCUUGAUGGAUGAAUUUUGGACCGCAAAAAUAUCUGAUUUUGGUCUAGCAAAACUCUUAAUGCCAGAUCAAACAAGAACCUUCACAGGGAUUAGAGGGACAAGAGGGUAUGUGGCUCCAGAAUGGCACAAGAACACCCCAAUAUCAGUGAAGGCAGAUGUUUACAGCUAUGGUGUUGUGCUGCUGGAAGUUAUAUGCUGCAGAAGGAACAUCGAAAUUAGUGUUUCUGUACCAGAGGAGAUUCUUCUCUCUAGCUGGACCUAUAACUGCUUUGUUGCUAAAGAGUUGCAUAAGCUAGUUCCCAGGGAAAUAGUGGAUAAGAAUGUUUUGGAAAAUAUGGUGAAGGUGGCACUAUGGUGUAUCCAAGAUGAGCCUGCUCUCCGGCCAACAAUGAAGAGUGUGGUGUUGAUGUUAGAAGGGGUUACUGAUGUAGCUAUUCCUCCUUGUCCAACAACCUCUAUUUCUAUGUAAAUUCUCUUCUGCACUGGGAAACAAUAUUGAUGUGUCUUUAUGUUUUUCAGUUUAUAUGUUUGUCUUCUGUUUAGUGCGUUUCAAAUUCUUUCAAUUGUUCUCGGUGGUGUUGAGAUAUAUAACAAGGUACAAGAAAGAGAAGCUAAUGUAAUUCCCAUGAUAAUUAAUGUUUUAUCAGCAGA